AUGGGCAGGCCGGCAUGCUCGCUGUGUGCGCGUGUUGGCAGUGAAUGUAUAUUUCCAACGAAAAGAAAGCGUCCAGAGCCUCGGCGCAACAGCAGUAACAAGAAAGAGAAGAAGAGUGACAGCAGAGACGCAAAUACCACAUUCGACAAAUUGCUUGAUAAACCAGACUGGCCUGCUGCUAAGAGAGUUCUGCUCUCUAUCUUCCGUCAUGAAGAUCGCCUCAUGCAACUCAUCAACUCGACAAGCCCCUCGUCAGAUAGCGACAAACGGCGCUCGGCAGGGCCUGCAUGUUCUGAAAGAUCUGAAGGAUCGCCAUCCAGGUCUCAAACACAAGAUAUAGGACAGCCCUUGGGGAGUACAGAGGCCAUAGAAUCGAACGUCCCUCGAUCGACAAAAGUAACAGACUUUCUGCACGAUCCAUCAGGCCAGCAAAUGAUGCAGUUGCAAACCAACGAAGAACAGGGUAAUAUAUGGCAAUUCCAGCAACUAUGCGGACCUUUCGGGGAGAAUGAGUCUGAUCUCUCACAAGGGCUGCUGCCGGACGAAGUCUUGCAAUGGGUUGUGCAGAGUCCAGUCAGACAUCAAGAUCUUCAGAGCUUCCAGUACUCAGAUUCUGCUGGUCAGGCAAGAUCAGAGGCUCAUUCCGCCUCUUCAGGGUUCUCUCUGUCGCCUAGUGGAGGACCUUUUGACACUUCUAGUGCGAAGACUUAUUCUUUGGCAGUACCCGAAGACCAGGUGGUACAUUUGGUUGAGCUCUUCUUCGCCAGAGUGAGCAGCUUCCUACCUAUCUUUCACCGUCCCCGGUUUUAUACUAGAUACAUUCCGCAAAACGUAUCUGACGGAGAAUGUUUCCGACGACUAGACCUGGAGUCAGCUUUGAUACUCAAUGGCAUCAUGUCGUUAUCGGCUCGCUUCUCUACCUCGCCAUACUGGAGCGCAACCACGCCGAACGAACGUGGAGAAAUCUUCGCCCAGAAAGCCAAAACCAUAUUUGCCGAUGCUACUUCCCAAGAAGAUAGGACUCCUACCUUGAGCUACUUGCAAGGCUGCAUUCUGCUUGCAUUCUACCAUCACACCAAUUCGCCCAGCUCUUUUGGAUGGAUGCUGUCUGGUGUAUGCAUGCGCCUAGCGUAUGACCUAGGCAUCAACUAUGUCGACGAGGAUCUGAUCGGACGUACUACCUUCGGUCGCCCUCAAUGGUCGUCUGUCGAAGAAUGGGUGGAGCGCGAAGAGAAACGCCGUGCAUUCUGGUCCGUUUGGGAGCUUGAUGCAUUUCCUUCUACAAUGUCACGUCGGCCUUACGCAAUCGACCGCAAUAAAAUAAAAGCGUUGCUGCCCGCCUCGGAUGAUCACUGGUUUGCUGCUGAGCCGAUUGCGUCUGCCUUCGUAGGAAGCACGCCUGCGACAGCCUGGAAAAGUCUUCAAGGCUCACCGAAUCAGACGGAGAGGGCCUGGUUUCUUGUUGCCAACUCUCUGAUGGUGCUGGCUUCAGAUAUGGUAGAGCAGAAAGGAGUCCCGCAGCAGGUCAAGGAGGAAAUGGAGUCGGUACUCAGUUGUUUUGCCUUGAGUUUGCCUGAGCAGUUCCGUGUAGCAUCCAAUCCUCCAGUUUUCAAUGAGCGGACCUUUGCGUCCAGCAACUGGAUCAUGGCUACGAACAUCAUGCUGACAGUAGCCCGUACUUAUGCAGCUUUGAUCGCAAGCUCGCCCGACAGUACCGUAUCCCCAACCACAACCAACUUGAACUCGACCAACGGGCGGACAGCUACGGCGUCCAAGUGUGUGCAGCAUGGACAUGACAUCGUACGCGUGGUGCGAGCAUGGACACCGGACUACAUUGCUUACACCACGCCAUUCAUUGCGUGUUCUCUCGUUGGGCCUGCAGCCAUGCAUUUUCCAGAUCAUGAAUCCAGUUCCCAGGAGUUGCAGAUCACCAGCGUCGACAAGGAGCUGGUUCUGCUUACGAUACACCAGUUUGCAAGGUACUGGAAAAUUGGCUCCCUGUUAAUUGAUAUCACAACUACCAUUAACAAAUUCAAUGCCGAGUCUCCUUGUGAGCUUACUGCACGGGAGAAGGAAUUGGCAGUGCGGUAUGCGAGUAUUAUGCCGAGCAUGGAGACACGAAACCGAGCGAACUCUAUAGCUUCUCCUUAG